GGCGGCCCGCGCAGGGCCCCUCCUGCCCCGGGAGCACCCAUUCCCCCAUCAGGGUCAGGUGCACCGAGGGCGGGCGGCGCCCACAGCCCACGCAGGGGGUCGGGAUGACCAAGCACAGGGGACUUCGGGGGGCUGGGACCCCCUUGGCCUUCUGCAGGGCCAGGCCGCGGGCAAGAGACAGGCGCUACUAACCCUUUUUGGCUUGGGUGUCACAAGUGCUUUGGGGAAUUUAAAUGAAAACGGUGGCUCGGCUCCUUGGAGGGGGUUGGCGGGGGGCGAGGGGGGGAGCGAAUGGCCUUUACACAGACUCGGAAGAGGCUUGGAAGGAUCCCCACCCCCACUUCCAGCCGAAGGGACGCCCUUGGGGUCUGCGGAAUGGGGCUCUCCCAGAGCCACGGAGGCACCCCACUCCCCCCACCACCCCAUUUUCGGGAAGGCGGGCCCUGCCCUCCAGUUAGCAAAGGAGGGACUGGUGCUCGGGGACAGGUGAGGGGCGUGCCCUCUGCAGGUCUCUUCCUCCGCCCAGAUCCGGGCUGUGGCCACCAGUGCCCUCUGCUGCCAGGCAGGGGAGCUAGAGAGGCCCUGCCAUGAGCCGGAUCUCCUGGGAGGAGAGCUCAGGUCCUGGCAUGCACCUCCGAAGGAACAGCACAGUGGAGCUGUAUUUGAACAGAAGGAGGUGGAGAGCCUGGGGAUUUGGGGCCCUGCACUCCUUAUUUAUGACCCAGAGAAGGUCUUCGCGUUCUUUCUCUGCUGCCCGUGGAUGAUGCUCCUGGGCCAGCUAGGCACACCUUUAGCGGACCCGCGCCAGGGGAGUGAGGGAGGUGUGGGACCAGCCUCUGCGGACCUGCCACAGCGCCUGCGCCACAGGGAGGGUCUCUGCCAGCAGCAGUGGGUAAUAAUCCUUUCACCAAGGAUCCUUCCAAUGUCUCCCCGGUGCACUCACUAUCUGAAAGGUUUUCCUCCAGCAAAUAACUUGCAUUUAUUUCUCUCCUCUUUACUAAUCAGACACAGUGCCUGGUCAGGACGGGUCACCAGUCCUUUUGAGGUCCGAGGAGAGGUGCCGCCCCGCAGGGACCCACACUCCUGGGAGGAUGGUGCGGAUCUUGGCCAAUGGGGAAAUCGUGCAGGAUGACGACCCCCGCGUGAGGACCACUGCCCCCCCACGCAACAGCACCCCUCGACAGAGCUUCCUCAACAGGGGCCAUGGUGCCCCCCUGGGGGGUCCCGGCCUCCGGCAGCAGCAGGGGGGAGCCAGGCUGGGCGCUGCUCAGUCCCCCUUCAAUGACCUCAACCGGCAGCUGGUGAACAUGGGCUUCCCCCAGUGGCAUCUCGGCAACCACGCCGUGGAGCCGGUGACCUCCAUCCUGCUGCUCUUCCUGCUCAUGAUGCUCGGCGUGCGUGGGCUCCUGCUGGUGGGCCUCGUCUACCUGGUGUCCCACCUGAGUCAGCGGUGACCUCUGCCGGGGGCAGGCGUGGGGAGAGGGAGUUGCCGGGCCUCGGUGUGAGAACAGGCACAUGGGGAGGGGAACCUUGUGGUGCCUUGAAGGUGUGCCCGGAGAAUGCUGUUUCCACGCGGUGUUCCCAUGAUGCUGAGGGAACCUCUAGUCCAGCAGUCCCAGCGUAUCGGUGGAUGCCCUCACCCCCCUGCGAUGUUUGUCGGUAGUAUCGGGCCUGCAUUAAGCACAAAGAGCAAGAACAGGAUGCCCUUCCCAUUGUCUUGCAAUCCUCUUAUGCCAGGGAGACGGCCCCAGCUUGGUGCCAACAUGUUCUCAUGCCUCUGGACCCCGUGCUGACUUCCCCUGUAAGUUGGGAACAGGCCGGGGGCUUAGGGCAGGUGGGAAAAGUUUCCCAACUUUUAUAGCCCUGCUUUUGUUGGCUACCUGUGUAUGACAGGUGGUACCGGCAUUCUAUUUAUUGUGGUGGCAUUUUCAAUAAAUGAAUUUAGUAAACAUGUG